GCCAUACCACCUUCAGUUAGCGCAAUCAAGUAACCACCGCUCGCCGCAAUUCGCGUAUUCAAUGAAUUGCAUUGCAGUAGUUGGUCGAAAUUUUGUGCGGUUGCAAAGAGUAAAGGAAUUUCAGUUUCUAAUUUUUAUCGCUUAAAGUGAAAAGUUAAGUUUAAUUAUUUUAAUAAAUAAAUCAGCCUUUGGAAAUUAUACUUAAAGCAAAAGGCGAAAGUGAAGCCCUAAGUGUAUACAGUUAUAACUGGGUUCGGUGAAAAUUUUUCAAAAUUUUAUCUAUUGCGUUGUGAUGUAAUCGCGUGUGACUUCGUUCAACCCACAUUUAUUGGAUCUGGCAGAUGUUUCCUCAAGUGUUACUUCAUUUGAUUGUUGUAUUGUUUUGAAUUUGGUGUAAAGUGUCAAUAGCAGAUUAACAGUGUAAUGGACAGGCAAACAUUUGAAAUUCAAUGGAUUCAGGACCAGGAUGAUCUUAAAACAGCCAAUGGGCAACUGAUUGUAAAGCCACAAAUGCCGUCUGAAGAUGAGCUUCUUGCCAACGAUGCUACUGGAGGAUCCUACCACUUAGUCACCGGUAAUGAUGAAAAUGGCGAUGUAACAAAUGAAGUUGACAUUGAUCAAAUAGCUGCCGAGAACUUAAUAUUCAUGGCGCGCGACGGUCAAAUGGUAACAGAGAUAAUUGAGGCCAGUGCAGCUGAUAACGGUAAAGUUGUCGUCUCCAAUUCAGAUGAGAUUGACUGUUCGGAAGUAUUGCAGCAAACUGGAAAUGGAUUCAUUGAUAGUUUUGUCGAUACAACACCUCAAAUGGUAACAGAAGAAGUGAUAACGGACGACUGGGUACAGCACCAAGGUGAAGAGCGUGUGGAAAUACCAGCCGAUCAAAUAAUUUGUUCUGGUUCGCAAGUUUUGCUGGACAUGGAAGUGCCGUUACCAACAGUUCAGGAUGAGUAUACCGCUCUACGUCCAUACCCGUGUGAUUUUUGCAGUCGCCGAUUUCGUAAAAAGACAAGUUUGAUGAAUCAUAUAGUUGCACAUCAGAACGAUCGGCCACAUUUAUGUAAAUUAUGCGGUUCCCGAUUUUUCCGUCGUUCCGAUCUAAUAAAUCACCUUAAAGCACAUGCUGAUGCUCCAGAUCCUGAAUUGGAUACAGAAUUUAUGAACUUUGUCGAACAAGAACAACAGCAGUCGCAAUUGCGGCAACCCAACGAUCACUUUUAUGAGCAGGAUUGGACCACACACAUAAAUUCCUUGCAACGUAGCGAAAAAUCUAGUCGGAAACCGCAUAAUGUAAGCGGAAACAGUUCAUCUACCUCAACAUCCACGACAACAGGUCGUGGCCGUAUUAGUCGAAUUAAACCAAAGGAAGAAAGCUAUGUUUUGAAUGAGCAACAUGAAAACGAAACAGUUGGGUUGGCGAAUUUGGAGAAUCCGUCUAGUGCUUUUGAAGACUGCCAACAACUACAGGCCUCCACUGCAGUUGUGAAAUUUACCCAUAAUCAAUCACCAGCCCAUCAAAAGAGCUUCCCCGUUAUCGACGAAUGUAAACCAUUUGUUUGCCAACAGUGCGGAUUGGCAUUCGCACGUGAGAAGGCAAUGUUGGCCCAUACCAAGAAUCAUAAUGAAGAUCAUCCGCAUGAGUGUAACCAAUGUAAUGAGAUGUUCUGGGAUGCAGGUAGUCUGCAAGAACAUUUGAAAACUCAUCAAUUUGAAGAUAGUAACUCGGAGUACGACCCCGACGAAGCUGAGGCUGAAGAAACGCAAAGUGAAUCCGAAUCGGAGCGCUUAUAUGGGGAAUUCUACUGUAGCGAAUGCGGUAUGUCAUUUCAUAGAGAAGAUUUGCUGCGCAGACACUCCAAAAUACAUAUAAAAACUAUUGCUGAAUGUGAUAUCGAUAAUGAUAAGGAUCGGCAUUGUUGCAACACAUGUGGUGAAACAUUUGCUGAGGCGUUAGAUUUACUUGCGCACGCUGAAAUACAUGCGCGUUAUCCACCAUAUAAGUGUGUUCUUUGUGGCGAGACAUUUUUCGAGGAGCUAGCGAUUAAACGUCAUCUACAGUCAGUGCAUCCACACGACAUGACACCCAAUUCAUGUAUACUCUGUGGCAAGGAAUGCCGCGAUCGCAAGGCUCUAAUAAAGCAUGCCUGGGAUCAUUCGCGCGAAAAAUGUCAUUCGUGUUCAAAAUGCGGCAAGAACUUUCACAAUAAAGCACGUCUAAAGCGGCAUAUGGCGUCUCAUCGUGAUAAGUCCGUAAUCUGCGAUGUCUGUCAGGAAGAAUUCCCUGAUGGUCGCACUCUCUCCAACCACCGACACUCGCACACUAACGCCUCAGGGAAAUUAUUUCCCUGCCAUGAAUGCGGCAAAACUUUCGGUUCGCGCAGUUCUCAACAAAUACAUGUUCGCAUCCAUACCGGUGAGAGACCUUAUGGUUGCCGCUUUUGUUGGAAGGCGUUCGCUGAUGGCGGUACAUUGCGUAAACACGAACGUAUUCACACGGGCGAAAAACCGUACGCUUGCUCGGUGUGUUCGCGUGCUUUCAACCAGCGCGUAGUCUUGCGCGAACAUAUACGAUCUCACCACUCGGGAUUGGACGCAAAACGUAAUACUUACUACUGCACCGUGUGCUCGAUGGAAAUGUCGUCGUCUGGAGAUCUCGUGCAACAUUUAAUACAACACAGUGAUAUGAACACUGCCAUGCAGAGACAACCAAUUACGGGUCCACGUAAGUACAAAAGGCGGCGAAAGUUGAAACCUCAUGAAAUCGCACGCCUGCGCAGGGAAAGCCAACAAAAUGGCAAUGGAAGUGAUAUUGAAUUGUCAGACUUCGAUAUGGAUAAUGUAGAUGACCUAUUGGGCAUCACGGAACCUAUUCCGGUUUCCAAAGCGUCAAAAUCUAAACGUACUAAAGUUAAAGACAGCAUUAAUAAUAAUUCUUUGAUGAAGGAAGGAGUAGAUGGUGUUAUACUACCAGACAAUGAUCUACUUAUGCAGUCUAGGAAGCCGCGGUAUAAAUCGACGGGUAGUAACUCCGAUACCUUAUGGCAAACAAAGCUCAUCAAUUCCAACACAUUACUAUCGAAUUUAGAAAAUACUCUGCAAAGCAUCGACACACUUGUAGUGGGUUCGUCGGUUGGCGGUGCUACACAUUUAGACGCGGAAGAACGCAAACCGAAGUAUAAAUCGGGAAGUGAGAUUAGUUCUGGCGGCGGUUCACAACGCACUCAGGAAGUGCAGAUCAACAAGAAUUAUAAUGCGAAUAAAGCGCGUAAACGGACCGUCGAAAAAACAUCGACCUCAAAGACAACGCGUCCACGCAUGAUUCAUACAGAAAAAUUGUCUUCCACCUAUAAUGAAUAUGGACGAAAACGUUCUAAGACCGUCAUAACGCAUAGAGAACAAAACGGCUUAGAUUUAUUGCGUCCUACCGGUCGAUCGAUGGUUGAUGACUAUGAAAUUCUCUCACCUGCCACUGAAUUGCCACGUCAGAUUAGUUCUAGCCCUCCACGAAUUAAACAGGAGAUAGGGCAAAAUAAUCACGAAGAAUCGUCACACCAGCUACGCGGUUUGCAAUAUGACGCACAUGUCCCAAAUUCUUCAAGGAACGUCGAUCUUUAUGACACACAAUUCCUCGAUGCAGCUUCGACGCUACGCAAGGAAGCCUAUGAAAAAUUCAACCCGAGUAUAGUUAACGAUCUCGAAGAGAUUUUGCGUUCUCCCAUCAAAUGUGAUCGUGCUGAACGCCAUCGCUUUAUAAGCGAGUCUUCCACGCCGUUUCUCGAAGACGAGCAGCAUAAUCUGAUAAAAAUCGAACCAACAUCCCCAGAUUUGCGCGAGAUCGUUGUUGGUGUCAGCGGGUCGACUGGUGUGAGUGCAAGUGGCGGCAGCGGCAGCGGCAGCAGCAAUGAACGUCAUUACGCACGCAGUGCACGCAAUCGCACCGGCACUAUGAAUCGAAAAUAUCUGGAAUUUGAAUCGGAUCUGCAAACCAAUGGUUCCACACGUCACCAAAAGCGUAGUGCUACAACUGUCAACGGCAGCAGUUCGAAAAGUAAACAAACUAAGAGUAACAGGCGUGAGAAAAAAGAAAGUUCCGUAAUUAACCAAAGAACGACCGCAUAUUCUUCAACGUACGGUGGCUCCCUUAGCACCACCAACGACUCAUCCUUCUCUUCACUCUCGCCAACGGACGGGGUAACCGCGGUGUCAGCUGUAACAGCCACGUCACCGCCAGCACCAACGCAACCGGAACGCAAGGUGCGGUACUUCGAGUGUGAGAUGUGCUCGGCCGUAUUUCCAGAUCGAGCCCAGCUGCUGGAUCACGUGCCUAUACAUAUAUAAAGGAUUCAAGCCUUACCUCUAUGUGUGUAGUGAGUGGGGAAGCGAAAAGGUUCACGUGCUAUUUGAAAUAGUACCGCUCCACCUUUACACUCAAACACACACACAAUUAAUGCACGUGUACAACACUUAAGCGUCGUACAUCUGCUCUUUUGCAUUCACAAUUGUGCAACAAUUUUAUUUUCUAGUGAACUUUAGUUUUAACAAAUUUUAUCAUUUUAUUCGUUCAUUCGGUAUCGCAAAGUAAUUAUUAAAGAUGAUAAUAGAAUUAGAAACGUUUAACUAAGCUAACGUUACCAUUUAUAAAUAGUGCUAAAACAAUGUAUUUUAGUUUGUAGUUAGACAAAAGCAAAAUAUCCACUACCUGCUACACUUAAACUCAUUAUCUUAAACAUUUUUAUAUACAUAUUCAUGUGUACAUUUGCGAAAGCCAAGCCCUGAAACCCUAAGUGACUAAUGAUAUGAUUUAGAAAAUAAAUACUUGAAGUGAUCUUUCAAAGAAUGAAACAAAAA